UGCACGUGUUUGGUGGCUAACCCGGCCCGGGUAUACGUGAUCGCGUCACGGCGCGGUGAUUCAACGCGUGUCUAUUCUUCCUCAUCUCCCUCGAACUUCCUGAGCUCAUGAAUGCUGAAUCGACUGGAUUAUCUCCAUUAUUAUCCGAGAGCUCUGCGACCUCUUACCUGAACUCUCUCAAUGCUGCCCAACUCAAAGCUGUGCAACACUCCCCUCGAACCCCUCUACAAAUACUUGCUGGUCCUGGUAGCGGAAAAACUAAGGUCUUAACCUCUCGCAUUGCCCAUCUAAUUCUCCAUCAUCACCUCCCCGCGUCGUCGAUAUGUGCAGUCACGUUCACGAACAAGGCCGCAAAUGAAAUGAGGGUGCGCCUUACGAAGGUAAUCGGGAAGGAAAAGACAUCGGAAGUGCGAAUGGGAACUUUCCACGCACUUUGUGCACUGUUCUUGAGAAAAUAUGCAAGGAGUAUCCGUUUGGAUGGAAACUUCACCAUCUGCGAUGCGGAGGAAAGCAAGAAGAUUGUUGCACCGUUGUUGAAGAUAUACAAAGACGACCUAGCCGCCAAGGAUAUCAGCCUUAAAGAAGGAACAGUCCUUGCUCUCAUCUCCAAAGCCAAAGCCAGAGGCCUUUCCUCGAGAGACUUUCUCCGGGAAGUUCAGGCCAGAAACCAUGGGCCAAAAGAUUCGAACGGGCUGUUGACCUCGUCAACCACCGUGAAUGACAUCGAUUUUGUGGUAGCCGAAAUAUAUGACGCCUAUGAAAAGACGCUGCGGAAGAACAAUAGCUUGGACUUUGACGAUCUACUUCUCUUUGGAGUGAAACUCUUUACCACAAACUUGGACUCAGUCAAAUGGUGUCAGCAUGUGUUAGUAGACGAAUUCCAGGAUACGAACCUCACACAAUAUGAUCUUAUGAAAGCUAUUGCCUAUGCGCGUUGCGUUACCGUUGUUGGUGAUCCUGAUCAAUCCAUUUAUGGCUGGCGAUCGGCUGAGGUUGGAAAUCUGGCGAGAAUGCGAAAAGAUUUCUCCUCCACAGAGCAGAUAUUUUUAGAAGAAAACUAUCGUUCAACUGCUUCUAUUCUUAGAGCCAGUUUGGCGAUUGUAGCCGAAGAUAAAACUCGUAUCCAGAAAUCGCUACAUACGUCGCAUCCUGUGGGACUAAUUCCUGUCCUAAGGUCCUCCUCCUCCGAACAAAUGGAAGCUGCAUUUUUUGCAGGAGAAAUCAAACAGAUUGUGGCGCAUAUGGGAGGCGUUUUGAACUGGGGAGAUUUCGUUAUUUUACUGCGAUUCAAUGCUCUUUCCCGUACUAUUGAAAGCGCUCUACAAAAAGAAGGAAUCCCGAGUCGUAUUCUGGGUGGGCAUAAAUUCUUUGAACGUGUCGAAAUCAAGGAUCUGCUUGCAUACCUUCAACUUGUAGAUAACCCCCAAUUCGUCCCUGCUUUCGUGCGCGCCAUUAACACUCCCGCUCGAGGGAUGGGUGAAAAGAGUGUGGCCGAGCUUCUAGCACGAGCCGAUGCGUCAAACCUAACACUUGUGGACCUCGCAGAGAAAAUACACAGUGGUACAACGUCUGACAUCAAGCCUGCUGUCAAGCGCAAAAUAGGCCCCUUCGUUUCUUCUAUCCGCAUUCUCAAACAAAUGGCAUCCGAGAACGCUCGUCCAUCGGACCUGAUUCGUCGUCUCGUCGAGCUGAUCAGCUAUGAAGAUCAUUUAAGAAAAACACAGCCCGACUGGGAGAGCAGGUGGGAAAACGUACAGGAGCUCAUCACGUUCGCCAGCGACGUUCAGUCUGACUGGCAAGACGGCCCUACUGUUGCAGCUUCGGAAGACGCCCAAACAUCACGAGAUACUCCCCUUCGUCUUUUCCUGCAGGCUUCGAUGCUAUCCUCGGAAGGAGAUCAACAAAGCAAAGAGGGUGAAAAUGAGAAAGUGACGAUUUCUACAUGUCAUGCUGCUAAAGGUCUUGAAUGGCCUGUCGUUAUGGUACCUGCAGUGGAACAGGGAACUUUCCCUUUUUAUCGAACUGACGAUGUCGAAGAAGAAAGACGACUACUUUACGUAGCUUGUACUCGUGCUCAGUCUCUGUUGUAUUUAUCAUAUGCCACGCAACGGAAAGUCUCCGGGGAGACCAAGACUAGAGACCUAUCACCAUUUGUGUCGUCUGUGAUCAGACGGAUUCCGUCAUUAUUCGCGGAAAGCUCGUCAAUGCUAUCUGACCUGGAUCGGAAAGUCAUCUGUCAAGUUCUGAAUCGACCGCAACCGAACUCAGCACAAGUCACACAACACAUUGCAGAGUAUAACAAGUCAGCUAGAAGUCGUUUUCCAGAAUACCCAACUCACAACAAUAAUGCCACUGUCUUGAAUGUGCAGUCAUAUAUCGCACCAUCAACUGACUACAAUGAUACAGAUACGCCGCCCUUCGUGAACUUUACUUCUGCAGGAUCCUCGAAUUUACACCCGACACCAGUGCCCUCGCACAUGACCUAUCGAGGCUCAUCAUUAUCUUCCUCGAUCGCAGCUUCCCAAAAGCCUAUUUACAACGCAUCUUCCGCGUUUCCACCAUCAUCUGCAAGAUCCGUGCUUCCAAAUUUGCUCCCACAUCGUACAUCCCUACUCCGCGGAAUACAAUAUACUCUGAAACCUGCGAUAACUCCUGAGGCCUUAGAGGAAGCUGCACCUGUGAUUCCUAUAGUUCCUGUGGCCCCGGCCUCGUUGGAAGCACAAACUGUAGUGCGGCCUCUCAGGUCUUCUUCUAAUACCACUACUCCCCCUAAUGGACCCGAGCCUACGACCGGCUUUAAACGGAGGUUAGGAAUGGGUCGACUUACCACAGGUUAUGCCAAUAAAAAGUUCAAGCCACCAACAUAAUCCUUAGUCUCGCAAACUCGCAAACCUCCUACCUAGUUUUACUUGCACUGCAUUUGUUUGAACUUUCGCCGCUUGCGCAGGCAAGCUAUUGUAUCCAUAGUUUGUAAAGAUGGACUUGCUUGCACCUG